AUGUCGGUCACAACUGUCAAGGUCAGCAAUCUCUCUCUGGGGGCAUCUGAACGUGAUGUGAAAGAGUUUUUCUCCUUUUCUGGUGAUAUUGAAUAUGUGGAGAUGCGAAGUGAUACUGAACGGUCUCAGAUUGCAUUUGUGACCUUCAAGGAUGCACAGGGAGCAGAGACUGCAGUUCUUCUCUCGGCAUCGGACAAGAAAUCUGAGUCCGCCUUCCAGAAGGCAGAGGACGUCGUUAGCGGCAUGCUCUCCAAAGGCUUCAUUCUCGGCAAAGACGCCAUUAACCGAGCCAAAUCGUUCGACGAGCGUCACGGGCUGACAUCCACUGCCAGCGCAAAAGUCGCAUCCCUCAACAACAAGGUACGCGAGGUCGACGAGAAGCUCCAGGUGUCAGAGAAGGCCAAGUCAGCACUAGCGGCUGCCGAGCAGGCGGCCGCCACUGCCAGCUCAGCAAUCAUGAAGAACAGGUACGUGCUGACAGGGACUACGUGGGUGGCGGGGGCCUUCAGCAAGGUGGGGGGCCAGAGGGCAAAGGAGAAGGUUGGUGGGGAAGGUGAAGACGAGGAGAAGCGGAAAAUUGUGGACGAUUUUGCCCAGGUUCGUCUGUCGGAGUCUCCUAAAGGGUCGGAUUCGGAUGAGAAGUGCCCGACUAAGCCUGCCCCGGCUCAAGGUUUAAUUCUCUGA